AUGUCUGCUACACUCAAGCCGAUCAAAGUAUGGGGCAAGGGUGGUCCGAACCCUCCCAAGGUGGCCAUUGUACUUGAAGAGCUGAGCUUGCCCGCCGAGUUCGUCGUCGUGCCGUUCUCCGACGUGAAGAAGCCGGAAUACUUGGCAAUCAACCCCAACGGGCGCCUGCCAGCUAUCCACGAUCCCAACACGGGCCUGACCAUAUGGGAGUCUGGAGCCAUUGUCGAAUACCUUACCGAGAAGUACGACACAGAGCACAAGAUCAGCUUUGCCACAGGCAGCCCCGAGGCGUACGAGACCAAGCAGUACCUCUAUUUCCAGGCUUCAGGCCAGGGCCCAUACUACGGUCAGGCUGCCUGGUUCAAGAAGUUUCACCACGAGAAGUUGCCCAGCGCCGUUGAACGCUACGUCAAGGAGAUGCAUCGCGUGACGGCUGUGCUGGACAAGAUUUUGUCUGAGAAAAAGGUGGCGCAGGGCCAGGACGGCCCAUGGCUCGUCGGCGGAAGAUGCUCUAUUGCCGACCUCUCUUUUGCAUCAUGGACACAUGUGGUUCCCUUUAUCUUUGACAAGACUGAUUACAACCUGGAUGAUUACCAAUUUGUUAAGAACUGGCAUGAGCGCAUGUUGGCACGCCCUGGUACCGCAGCUGGACUGGGCAGUACAGAGAAGCUAGCAUAG